GAAAUCCUCUUCAAUAUUUUCAGUCCCUCUUCUAGCAACUCGAAUUUCAACAAACUCUUUGAAUCCAGAACAGAAACAAUAGUCAUCAUCAUGAAUUCACCGUCCCUUAUAAAAGCCCCCCCGGGAAGGUUCAACUCGCCUGCUGAAGUUAAGCAAAUGAUUAUCGAUUGUCUUCUAAAAGAGGGAAAAGGCGCUCUAAAAGGUAUUCCCUCUACGGCCCUGACUGAUCAUUCGGCGUACGAACUCAACCCGGCUUUUGUAUUUGCCACUUCCAUGUCACUAGGAGAGGAUGAAAGUCUACAGUCUAUUGUUGAGAAAGCUGCAAUAGAGAAUAUCAAGUAUGAUACGCUACGCGAAGAGAUACGCUGGUAUCUAAGACAUCCUGACGCUGAAAAUAUGAGAAAAUCUGUCGAGAAGCUCCUUGAUGAGGACAUCUUAGCGAGGGGGCUGUUAAGGAAAGAUCCAGACAUACUCAAAAAAGCAAUUGUGGCAAAGGCGCUUCUGAUUGUGGAGGAUGGCGAGCGAGUAAAGCUCGGCAUUGAAGCUGAAGACGAGAGUCAUGAUUUUGCAAUUCAAUUGGUGACUUUGAUAAACGGCUGGGGACAAGCUCCUCAGGUCAACCUGUUCUAUUUCAAGUACAAAACACCUUUCGAAAGGUUUGAGCGUACGCUCAAGGAUGAAACUCGAAACAGCAUAAUUCCACCCGAGAACAUCGUAUUGCCUGCUCUCUCUGGGCCAUCCCCUAGCUUUAGAGCCGAAGAAAUUUCAAUGGGCAAUGAAAAUUUCGAGAACACAUCUGGUGCCCAGAACACAAAUCAAAAUGCUAUAUCGACAGAAAAUCCCGAAUCCAUUCAGAAUGAAUCAGCUACAGCAGGACGAGAUCACACUGACAAGGGCUUCAAUCUUGUGGAUGGCCCAUGGAUGUAUCGAUUACCACAUACAGGCAGAGAUCCUGCUAACAAACCAGGCUGGUGCCCCAUCAGAAAUCAAGAUGACUAUAUGGUUAUGCUGGAUAGUAUCCGCUGUGUCAACUCCAAGUAUGCAGAUUGGGGACAGUCAACGAAAUGUAGUGUUAUGAUUAUGCAUUCGUUGGAUCGAGAUUGUCAACAGAGAUAUUUCGAUGGACGUGAAGAGGAGCGCGCUUACAGUGCAGAAUGGGAGAAAGAUCUGGAAAAGGCUGGAUUCUUCGAUGAUGAGGAUACUGCUAGUAAAUACGGAGAUGAUUGGAUUGAAAACUGGAACACAAUCAACAAGCCCCUUCCGAAGCCUUCACGGCGGACGAAAUCCCAGGUGCCUGGCAAGAGAUAAGAGCAGCUUGAGAGUCAGGAGUCUUUGGGGGGGCAAGUCACAUUUGAAUGUUUGAUUGCGCACUUAUGAAUAGCAACCUCCCUUCAAGAGAAUCAAAGGCAAUGAGUUUACUACAUGAUGGAUUAGAAGACCCUUGGAAUGUCACCACCUCAGUAGCGCA